AUUUUUGAGCGAGUGUAAGGUUCGAUUCCGAUCUGGCUGGUUGUCUGACGGACGUGCUGUGUCUCUUUUGUUGUGUUUUUUUUGCGAACGAGCGAAGAGCGACAGGACCUCUGCGCCCGUAUUCAAACUGUUUUUUUUAUUGUUGCAAUGCAAUAUUCGCGGAACGAAUAACAACAACAUACAUAACUCAAUAUUCAAGUGCAAAGCAAAUACAAAUCAAACACAAAAUAAUAAGCAACGAAAUAAAGAUAUAUAGCAAAGAAAAACAAAACGAAAAAAAUCGCACAUUUUUUCUGUCUUGUCCAGUGGAAAAUAAAACAAAUAAACAACAACAACAACAACGGCUAAAUCAGUUAACAAUCUGUUCAAAACCAAUCAACAAAAUGUCUGCUGAUAUUCUGCAGAAAUCAAGAGAGCAGGAUGACUCGCACUAUUUCGAGCGUGGCGAUAUAUCCAAAUACGUAACGAUGAACGAUCACUUGGGUGAUUUCGAUUGCAUCGAUCGCGAGGUGCGGAAGGAAAUAAGGAUGCUGCUCACCCACGGCGCUAACUUGGAGCAGCAGCACCAGCAGCAGCCACAUCGCCACCAUGGCGGCCUCACACGCACCAUUUCACAGCCGGCCCAGCUCAUCCAGCAGCAGCAACACCAACAGCAGCAGCAACAGCAGCAACAGCAGCAGCCACCUGUAGCCAGUCUGGUGACCAUCACCGAGAACCUGGGCAACAUGAACCUGCACCGCAAGCUGGAGCGAACCCAGUCGGAGCCACUGCCGCCACAGCAGCCGAUGAACACAUCCAGAUACAAGACCGAGCUGUGCCGUCCGUUCGAGGAGGCCGGGGAAUGCAAGUACGGCGAGAAGUGCCAGUUCGCCCAUGGAAGCCACGAGCUGCGAAACGUGCACCGUCAUCCCAAGUACAAGACGGAGUACUGCCGCACCUUCCACAGCGUGGGCUUCUGUCCCUACGGACCGCGCUGUCACUUUGUUCACAAUGCGGACGAGGCCCGCGCCCAACAGGCGGCCCAGGCAGCCAAGUCCUCCCCCCAGUCGCAGUCGCAGCAGUCGUCGUCGCAGAACUUCUCGGCGAAGAGCAACCAGAGCAGCAAUCAAAGCAGCAACAGUAGCAGCAGCAGCAGCAGCAGCGGCGGUGGCGGCAACAGCAACAACAACAACAACGGUAGCCAGUUCUAUCUGCCGCUGAGCCCACCGCUGAGCAUGAGCACAGGAUCGGACCGGGAAUCGCCCACUGGAUCACUGUCCCUCAGCCCCACCAACUCGAUGACCAGCUUCCCGUUCCACGAUGCCCUGCAGCAUGGGUAUUUGGCCUCGAAUGGCGCCAAGAGCAACAGUUCCGCCUCGUCCACAUCAUCGGCCUCUGGAAUGGGUCUGGGCAUGAGCAUUGGCAUGGGCCAGGGCAUGAUCAUCGGUCAGGGCUUGGGAAUGGGACAUCAUGGACCGGCCACACCGCCGGAGAGCCCCAAUGUGCCCAUAUCGCCAGUGCACACACCGCCGCCGUACGAUGUGACGGUCAAUGGAUCUGGAGCGGGCAACAAUACCAUCGGCAGCAAGCAGCUCCUGCAGAAGAGCGUCAGCACACCGAUGCAGCAGGAGGAUACGCCCAGGUUGCCGGUUUUCAACCGUCUCAGCUCCGGUGUGGAGGCCUACCAGCAGCAGUCCAAUUUGGGACUCUAAGCGCGUGGCAGUCUGCGAAACAAAAUUGAAUUGAAACACCAUCCAGCAUCCUACUCACGCCCAUCCAAGCAUCCCUCCAUCAACAAACAGCAUCCUUGACAAAAUCUCAGUAACGACCAAACCAUGGAAACUGAAAACAAAACUACUCUCGCAGUCCAAUUUGAAACGCAAAUAUCCCAAGGCAAAUGGAUUUCCGGUGGCGUAUCUUCGAUGCAGAACCAGUGUGUAUCAAGUAUACGCCACCGAAAAAACAGAACACUGCCAAACUCAGACACCGCUUAAUCCUUGAUAUCAAUUCUCUCAUUGCUGUGACAGUCAAUCGUAAUCGUUAUACAAUAAUCGUUAUGUGAGAAGGACCGAAUUACAGACUACUACGGGACAAUUAGUUAGAUAGAUACGUAAAUGACAAACAAACAAUCCAAGCAAACGAUGAUCUUAAACUAUAACUAAAUACUAAAAACUAACAAAAACGAAAACAAAACAAAAAAAAAAAACAGCAAGCAUGAAAGC